GCUAGACAUAAAUCACAUUUUUUCGGUUUUGUAAUCGUCAUUGAAUUUCCAGCGAAUCCUAUCUCUUUAAAUUCAAUAUAGCAAUUUCCCCGUGACACCGGAACCGGAAAUGUUAUUAUUAUUGUAGCGCGGUUUAAAAAUGUGUUUUUAGGCGGUCUGACUGGUAAUGCCGAAUUAAUGUUUUUGUUUUAUUUGUUUUAUUGUAUUUAUUGCAGUACUAAGAAAAUGUAAUUGCAGUUCUUGGUAACAACCAAUACAGUGUUGCUUAAUUUAAUUUUAAAACAAAUUCCUCACUCUAGUCUGCAGUAAUGGGGGUGAAUGAACUAUGGUCAAUCCUCGAGCCUGUAAGGGAGUCAGUCCCACUACACAGUCUCAGUGGGAAAACUUUAGCCGUGGAUUUAAGCCUGUGGGUAUGUGAGGCACAAGCCGUGAGAGGGAUGAUGGGAAAAGUGACAAAACCUCACCUCAGAAAUUUGUUUUUCCGAGUCUCAUGUCUCACACUCAUGGGAAUAAAAUUGAUCUUUGUAAUGGAAGGUGAGGCUCCAAAAUUGAAAGCUGACACAAUGAGUAAGAGGAAUGCGGUGAAAUAUGGGACAUCAGGCAAGGCCACUACUAGACCUGGGAAAACGGGAAGAUCUCAUUUCAAAUUCCUUCUAAAAGAGUGCGCUGAAUUGCUGGAUUGUCUCGGUGUCCCUUGGGUCACUGCUGCUGGAGAAGCAGAAGCAAUGUGUGCCUACCUGAACGUCCAUGGCUAUGUGGAUGGGUGCAUCACCAAUGAUGGUGAUGUUUUCCUUUAUGGAGGUCAAACGGUGUAUAGGAACUUCAAUACAAAUACGAAGGAUCCACAAUUAGACUGCUAUAGGGUUUCAAGGAUCAAAUCUGAACUUGGUUUGGAGAGAGAAACACUAGUAGGCUUAGCAAUUCUGCUGGGUUGUGAUUAUCUACCAAAGGGCAUCCCAGGAGUUGGAAAAGAACAAUCUAUGAAGCUGAUAGAGACAUUGAAAGGAGAAACUCUGUUGCAGAGGUUUAAACAGUGGACGGAUGAAUUUCAAGAUUUCAAAACCUCAGAAAAAGCAGCUGAAAAGGUUACCCACUGUCAAGUCUGUCAUCACCCAGGUUCUGCUAAGGACCAUGGGCGCAAUGGCUGUAAACUGUGCAACAGCAAACAAUUCUGUGAGCCUCAAGACUAUGAUUAUUGUUGUCCUUGUGAUUGGCAUCUGGCAGAAGGAGAAAGACAGACAAACGCAGCUGAGAUUAGUGUUAAAAGGAAAGCUAGGGUAUGUGAAGGAUUCCCGUUUAAUGAGGUUAUCAGAGAAUUUCUCAUCUCAAAGGACAAGCCUAUUAAAAACAUUAGGUGGAGAAAACCCAAUCUUUUUUUAAUGCAGAACUUAGCUUGGGAUAAAAUGGAGUGGCCGAAACCCUAUACUUGUGAGAGAGUGUUAAUAAUGAUGACAUACACGGAAAUGAAGAACAAGAAGUUGGCAAAAGAAAGUACCACACAGAUAAAACCAGUAAGAAUAUUCAAGUCAAGAGUAAGAAAUGGUGUUCCUUGCUUUGAAGUCAUAUGGCAUAAACCAGAGCACUAUACUUUUAAGGAUGAUCACCCUGCAGACGCUCAGAAUACGGUGAACACAAUCGAGGAGGAGAGUCUGUUUCAAGCUGCCUAUCCAGAGAUUGUUGAUCUCUAUCUGAAGGAAAAAGCUAAGACAGAGGAGAACAAGCAGAAAAAUAAGAAAAGAAAGCCCAAAGCACAGAAAUCUGCCAAUACUGAUGAUGUUGCUGACCUAUUAGCUCAGAUGACCAUACAGCCUUCCAUAAAAGAAACCUCUGAACUAGGUACCAAUGCUGAAGGAGAACAGCAUCUCAAUGAUUCUGAAGAACAGGAAGAUGAUCUAAGGACAUUUCAUUGUCUGUCUGUGUUGCAUAAUUCCAGCAUAACCAUUACCUCGAAGGAAACAUUGUGCGAUAACCCCACAAUAGUUACUGAAGCAAAAAAAACUGAAAAUAAAGAAACUGCACAUUCUCUAUCUCCUGUAUCGUCUAACAAACAACACAGUUUGACCACAUCCUCCCCUGCUCUGAUUGAGGAGUUGCAGCUGAGUGGCAUUGACUGGGGAGCUACAUCUUUUGGCACUGCGUCUAAAGAACAACAUAGUUUGACCGCAUCCUCUCCAUCUGCUCUGAUUGAGGAGUUGCAGCUGAGUGGCAUUGACUGGGGAGCAACAUCUUUUGGCACCUCGCCAUCAGCACCGGUGCAUAAAACACUGUCUGCAACAUCUAAGCAAGGUGAUAGCCUAACACCUUUACAAAGUUCUAAAGACAAUGAGUGCACAAAAUCUUUAGUCCACAGCACUGAAAAAGGAGAGGAAUUGACAUUCUGCAGUGGAACAAUGGACCAUAAUUCUCUGUGCAUAGAUUUGAAAGAACAUUCAUCAAAUCCGGCUGCCAACCUUCCUUAUUCACAGUUUUCCUUAAGAGAUAGAAUUCUGUUAAAGAACUUUAAUCACUCUAGUACAUCACAACAUCGGAAUAAUGAUGUUGUUUCUGUUAGCUUGAAGCCACUAAAAUAUUUGACCCCAGUGGAGCAGAAAAAUGAAUGCCCUGCAGUUGAAAAAGCACCACUUAGCAAACCAUCAGUGGUUGAAAGUCAAAAUUUUAAAGGGCAAAAGAGUGUAAAAGAAAAAUUAACAGGUCAGAAAUCCUGUUCUAAACAGGUUGAAAAGCAUGCCUCUGUAAAAACUAGCACACAUCUCGUAAAACAUGAAGGAGGUGAGAAAAAGCAACAUCAAAAAGUCUUUCAAAGUAAGACUGUAGAAAACCAACACCAUGUUAAAUCUACCAACCAAUCCAAAAUCAGUUCCUUGCCACUGAGUCACAAGUGUGAUGUUCCUGUCAACCACACAUUGGUGGUAGCUAAAAACAUUAAGAAAAGUGUCAUUAAAAAGAGUGUCUGCCAUAAUUUGUGUUCUUCUAGCGAAGACAGUGACGCAGAGAACACAAGCAGUAUAGUGCAAAAACACCAGGCCCAAUCCAAAACUAAACAAAGGUGUGUGUCUUCUUCUGAUGAAAAGAUAAAGACAACCAAGAUGGCAAGUAAACUAUGUGCCAAAAAAGCUUUUUCACACAUUGAGGCCCCACUGUCGUCCAAAAGGUAUUUAGGGCAAAUUGCCAACAGCCAGACCCAGAAAAAUGAAAAGCUGCUAACUACAAAUGCUAAACCUUCAGUGGAAAUUGAAAAGGAGAAGCAAAGGUUUCCCUCGGGAGUUAACCACUGUGGUAUAGCCAACUGUUCCCAGAGCCCAGUGCAUAGUUCUGAAUCUCGAGACAGUGAAGGAGAUGAUUCUAUCAUUUCAUUAGACAGUCCGUUACCUCUGUCUGAAAGGAUAAAACUUAGAUUUCAGAAUUAAUUAAUUUUGGUGUUGUUGCUUUUAUAUAAAUGUUUCAUGGAUUCCCUCAAAUGUAAGGCUAAAGUAUGCUGGCUGAGCACAAGAAUAUCUUUGUCUCAGAAUUUUAAAACAAUGAGCUUGGAUGAUUCUACCUGCUGUACGUGUAAUUUUCUUUGGAUGCCCACUUCUUUCAAAGGUUUCAGUUGAAUUUGUUCAGUGAUUAGUGUGCAUUUUGGUUUUCCAUAUUUCUAUUAUCUUGCUUUGUAGCCAUUUCCUUUUCUAGUCUACUACGAGUGAUUUUCUCAAGCCUGAAUCCAGCUCCUUUGUUUUGACUGUCAUCUGCUUUGUUGGCAAAAUGUUUGUUUUUCUUCAAUAGAUGUUGUAAAUACUUAGCACUUUUCUCGAUAUUAACUUUAUAAUGCAGCUUAAUUACUGUGUAAUGGUUUUCAAUCAAUUAAUAUAUUUAAUUAGUUAUUACAUUUUUACUAAUGUAAAUGUGCCAAUACAAAUAUUUGAAAUUACUUUUGCAAAAACCAAAUACUUUUUACUACUAGAAAUUGUGUAUUUCAGACUUAAUUCAGCAUUAAUUGUUGGCUAAUGUUCACUUAAUGCUUUUAUUUAAUGUGUUUUCUUUAAUUAUCUUGGGUGCCAAUACUUCUGUCUGCGACUGUAAAUGUUAAUGGUUUAUAAGCAGAAGAUGCAUGGCCAUUUUAAUGACACUGUUUAGUACCUAAGGGUAAUGAUUGACUAAUAUUUUACUAAGUCUUUGAAGAGUAUGUCAUAUGUGAGAGUCACCAACUUAUUUUUGUUUAAUUACAAGAUCAUGUUCUACAACUUGAUGUGCAUUUUCUACAUUUUUGCUGGCACUGAUGCUGGAAGUAACUUCCAAAAAACUGAUUCUUUAGUCUUCCUCACCUUAUUUCCCACUUUUGUUACAAACAUUUGUUCUAGUGGAUGCUUUGUACUUCUGUAAAUCCUGACAAUAAUAAUAAUAAAGGUUGAGUUUCGAUUAAAAAAACAUCCUGCUAAAAAUAUCUCCGUUCCACGCCUAUACAUACUGUUGUAAUUUCCUCAGCAUCCUCAUGUAACAAUCAAAAUUUGUCCAUCUUUGUAGUUUAGAACAUACAGUGUAUUUUUUUUAUGCACCUUGCAGUCGACCCUUUAUUGUUUAUUAUGCUAAUAUAUAGAUGUGUAGUUCGAGGGGGGAAAAAAUAGAAAAGAAGUUCCUCACAUAAGCUUUGCAAAAGCAAUCCUUUUAAGUACAUAUGUAUGACACGUUAUUUUUCCUUUUCUGGGAUCAUGUUGUUAAGGUGUUUGUUUCCAAGAGUAAAGUGUCAGGAUGUCCACCACUCUCGUGUUAAUCUACGAGUAGCGCCUAGGUUAAAACGAGCACUUUGAUCAGUCUGCCGGAGUUCCUUUUGUAACGUGAUGUAAUGCACACCUCCACAGACAUGAAAGAACUAUCAAACCUUUAUUUUUUAAAAAAAAUACUGCUUAGGGAAAAUAUUAACCCAUGCAUCAUGCCUAUGCUAUUCAUAUAUUUAUUUUUCUUUUAAACUCAAAUCUGAAAAAGGUAUGAGACACCUAAUGUUUUUGGAAAAUUAUGCAGCACAUUUCUAAUAUUUGUUCUAUUUAGUUUACAUCAAAAACAAAUUAAGUGUUGUUUAUAUUUUUCUACAAAAAACAUGUAAAACAUUAGAAGCUGAUCACCAGUAGAAUCACAAUCAUUGCCAAUAAACUGCACAUUAUAGGGAAAAACACGGACAGCUUUUGCCCUCUUUAACUGGAAGUUGAAAUGAUAAUGCACGUUCUUAAAUUUAACAGUGAGAUCCGUUACAUACAGUCGCAGACAAAAGUAUUGACACCCUACAGCUCAUUCAAGAAAAUGUUAAAUAGAAGAAUUUAGUGAACAUUAGCCACUAAUAUGAAAAAUACCAAAAUACACAAUUUCUGGUAGUUGACAUUUUUUUAUAUAUAUAAAAAAAAUAACCACAAGCAAUUUCAAAUAUUUGUUCCUGACAAAAGUAUUGGCACCCCUGCUUUUGUAUUUCGUGUGUCCUCCUUUUUGCUUUUAUUAUGGCUUUUAGACAUCUAUGAUCAUUCUCAACCAGUAUGUUACAUCUUGGUGAAAUCUGAGCCCAGUCUGUCUUGCAUAUUUCUUUCACAUCAGAUGGAUUGGAUACACAAUGCAUGUCUACAGCUUUUUUUCAGAUAAGCCCAAAGCAUUUCUAUUGAGAUCUGGUUGGUGAUUAGGAGGGCCAUUAGAGAAUUUUUAUAUUCGGUUUCUUCAAUAAUUCCAGAGUUGACUUGGCCGUAUGCUUUGAGUCGUUGGGAAAUUAACAGUCUGCCAAUCAGCCUAUGAACAGAUGGUUUCAAUGUACUUUAUAGAAUACAAAGUGAUACAGGGUUGCAUUAAUUCGAUCUUCAAUAAUUUCAAUGUCUCCAGUCCAUGAACUGCUAAAACACCCCCAUAUCAUUGGUGUGCCACCCCCAGCAGAUGUUUUUUUUUUUUUU